UUAUUGUUUCUUGUCACAUAUAGGCUUCAAUGAAGAACUCAGAUAAUCUUCCUCCAGGGUUUAGGUUUCAUCCAACAGAUGAAGAACUUAUCAUGUAUUACCUGAGAAAUCAAACCAUGUCAAAGCCAUGUCCUGUAUCGAUUAUCCCCGAAAUCGAUAUUUAUAAAUUUGAUCCAUGGGAGUUACCUGAGAAAGCAGAAUUUGGGGAGAAAGAAUGGUAUUUUUUCAGCCCAAGAGACCGUAAGUAUCCGAACGGGUUACGCCCCAAUCGGGCGACGGGUUCUGGUUAUUGGAAGGCUACUGGCACUGAUAAGGCUAUCCAUAGUGGAUCUCAGAAUGUUGGUGUGAAGAAAGCACUUGUGUUCUACAAAGGUCGCCCACCUAAAGGUGUAAAGACUGAUUGGAUAAUGCAUGAAUACAGGUUGGGUGAUUCAAACCGCCGGCCUAAGAAGCUGGUUGGAUCCAUGAGGUUGGAUGACUGGGUUCUCUGUAGGAUCUAUAAGAAGAGGCAUUUAAACAGAGUUGAGGAACAGAAAGAAGAAGAUCAUCAAGAACAAGCAACUCAUGAGAACACUACAACAACUACACAUGAGAUGAAUUCAGAAGGACUAGCAAGGACUUUUUCUCUAGCUCAAUUAAUGGAUGUGGAUUAUCUUUCACUGUCUCAGCUAUUAAGUGAGAAUAAUCCACUACUCUGUUCAUCAACAACUUCUGAGUUCCAAAUCAAUACUGGAAACAACAAUGGCAAUGAAAUGGGAUACCAUUUUGGAAAUUCUACAAGAUUAAUCCAAGGGAAUCAAAAUAUUUCACUCUUCAACCAGGCUAUUCAACAUGUGAACCCAGUUUUUGAAUUUCAGUUAUAAGAGAAAAAGAGUGAAAGAUUGGGAAUUAGAGAAUUAGAGGUAUUUGGUUAGACAGGUGAUGGUGAUGAGUUUGUUUCAUUGAAGAUUUGUAAAAAAAGAAGAAGUAGGUAAUUAAGUUGAUGAUAAAUUGAUGUGAAAACAAGUUA